AUUUUUUUCACCAUUUUUUUUACAAUUCUUAUGUCCAAACGCCUACUAAAUCUUUUCGAAGCUACACACUGUCUUAUAUGAAAACACAUCUCGUUUCUUUCGAAUGUUGCCUAUAAACCCUUGUUCCAUUUUCACUCCGACGAGAUUUACCUGUUCCGCAUUCCCAUUUCAUCCUAAGACCACCAUCUCCAUUCGUUGCCACGCCGCCGCUGACCCACCGGCUGGCCCAUCGUCGUCGUCCUCUUUCAACUUCGUUUCCGCCGCUGAUGCCGCUUCCUCCACCGGCGCCGGCAGAGUUUCCCAGAACUCCGAUAGCACGGCUCCGGUGGAGAAGCGAAGUUCGAGCAAAAACACAGAAGUCAAUGGCUGGGAAAGGCCUUGGUCGCGUAAUAGAGAGAGCUACUUGACGGAUGAUGGGGAACCUCUUCCUCUUCCUAUGACUUAUCCUAACACUUCUCCUGUUUCCGCGGAGGAAAUUGACCGUCGCCUUCGCUGUGAUCCCCAAAUUGAGGAUUGCAAGGAAGUCGUCCAUGAGUGGACUGGAAAAUGUCGGAGUUGCCAAGGAACAGGAUUUGUAAGUUACUAUAACAAACGAGGGAAGGAGACCAUCUGCAAAUGCAUACCUUGCCAAGGGAUUGGUUAUGUGCAGAAGAUAACAGCACGAAAGGAUAUCGAUGUGAUGGAGGACUUGGAUAAUGGGAAACCACCUUGGCAGAAGUAAAUGAUUAUCUAAUACACAUUUUUGUCUAACCUUAGCAGGCAUUGACGAUAACUUUGAAGAGGCUUAUUUAUUACAUAAACGUAGUAUUCUUUAAGGUGUAAAGACAGUUGCCUGACAAUAUAAUUUUCGAGUCAAAUAAGAGGGAGAUACCAUACUACAUUCAUAAUACAAGGAAGAAGUUCUUCAAGAUCAAGGCGAGCGUUAUGUGAAGAAUGAUGAUUAUAUUCUUAGUUCUAUAAGUAAAUGUUAUUAGUUUACUUCUUCCCAACUCUAGGUGGUUAAUAAAUCAUUUGGUGAAUGAGAUCAGGUCUUUGUUAAUGUCAAGAGCUUUCGACUGUAUUUUAAUGUAUCUGCCUUGUUUCCAGUUGAUUGUUUAUAUAGUAAAAGAAUAUCUUCUGAAAAA